GGAUACACACACCCCUCUCCGCCCCUGCCGCGAGACAGGUGGUCGGGCUGUACGCCUUCAUCCUCGAGCGCUCCCUCUUAGAGUAAAAAAAAGAGGAAGAGAAAAACAAUAUCUGUUGACAGCAGGCGGAGGGGUCGGUCGGCGCGAGCGCGUCCCCGAUGGACUUCCAGCGUGUGACCUCCGCGAUCACCGGGCGGGAGACAGCGGGAGAGGGGGGCAGCAGCGACCGGAGCGCGCGAGGAGGAGAGACCCCGCCGACCUAUUGCCAAAUGUUCCCCAGCGAAUCGCUCGAGACGGGAGGGGGGCUACCGACGGACGAAUGAGAUGCGCGACUAGGAAAGUUGACACGAUUUUUUCUGGGGUGGGGAUUUUUACAUCCGAGAGGCGGCGGGAUUGUUUGUGACCGUCCUCCGGCGGUGCAAGGGAAGUUCGUGCGGGGUGUAAGGUGUUUCAACAUCAUGGCUUCUUCAGCGGGCGUCGGUAAGGCUGCACAGCCCCCCGGGCCGGGCAACGCGGUGAACGGGACUGCGGCAGAGUUCCCGAACAUCGAGCAGGAGCUGUACGACUACCAGAUGCACGGGAAGAUGUGCAAGAAGAUCGCUCAGCUCACCAAGGUGAUUUAUUCUCUGAACAUGAAGAACGAGGAGCAGGAGGCGGCCCUGCAGGCCUUGAGCCACGCCCACCAUGAAGGGCUGCACCGCGUCCUGGUGGAGACAUGUCACGAAGGGGAGGGGUCACCAUUGAGGACACGCCUCUUGGAGAUGCAGGACUCUCUGGACGAGCAGCAGAGAGUCGGAGCCCAGGUGCAGGCCAACUUCAAGUGCUUCCGCAUCCAGUCGGAGGAGAGGGAGCGCGAUACAGGGGCGGAGCUGAGGAAAGAGUUCGAGGAGAGGCUCCAGGCUGCGGAGGAAGAGCUCCAGGAGGCCAAGGCCCACAUUGGCGACGCCCAGGAGGAGAACCUACGGCUGAGCAAAGAGCUGGAGCAGGCCGGGGAGCAGAUCCAUGGGCUGGACGCCAAGUGUGAGGACCUGCAGAAAGCGGCCGACGAGGAGAAGCGACGAGAGGAGGCGCGGAGGCAGAGGGAAGACGAGGAGAUCAAGAGAGAGGAGGAGGAGAGGAAAAUGGAGGAGCGGGAGGACUCGGAAAAGGUGCGAGCGCUCUCGGAGGAGCUGAAGGCGCUGAGGGAGGAGAGCGACCGGGCGGAGGAGGAGAGGGGGCGGGCGGCGAGGGAGGAGAGGGAGCGCUGGGAGCAGAGGGUGAGCGACCUCAACGAGGAGCGGGAGGACAUGAGAAGGGGGAUGGAGGCGGAGUGGAGGGAGGAGCGGCGGAGGCGGGAGGAGCGGGAGGAGGAGGAGAAGAGAGGAAUGCACAGCGCCCUGCGAGAGAGGGUGAAGCGGGCCGAGGCCGAGGCGGAGGGCCACCUGGAGAGGCUGGCAGAGGGCAGGAGGAGUACGGUCAAAGUGCAGGAGCGGAUACAGGACCUGGAGGAGGAGCUGGAGCUGGACCGGAGGCGCGUGUCCGAGGCCGAGGCCGCGGCCAGGCGGGCGGAGGAGGAGCUCAGCGUGGCUAAGGAGAGGCUGCUGCUGCAGGAGGACGAGCUGCAGAGCAGAGCAGAGGAGCUGCUGAACCGCGGGGGCUGUGAGGCGUGCGUGUGCAACGAGGUGGAGGAGCUGAGGAGCCAGGCGAGUCGCCUGCAGAGCCGGAACCGGGAGCUGGAGCUGCACAGCAGCGGCAGAAACAAUGACCACGCCCGCCAGAUACGGCAGCACGCCGAGGCCCUGUCCAGCCUGCGCUCCGAGAUGGUGCGAGCCCAGACCGAGGAGCUGCGUCGCAUCCAAAAACACGCCGACGACGAGCGGGAGAAGCUGCAGAAGGAGAUGGACAAAGAGAGGGAGGACCAGUGUAGGGAGCGGGAGCAGGAGAAGGAGAAGUUCGAGAAGGACCGAAACAGGCUGCGCCGGGAGAGGGAGGAGGAGAGGGAGGAGGUGGAGGGGGUCAAGGAGCGCCUGAGGAGGGAGAAGGAGGAGGAGGUGGACCGGCAGAAGAAGGAGCUGGAGGUGGAGAGGGUCCGCGUUCGCCUGCAGCUGGACAAGAGCAUCGAGCAGGUGGAGGCGGAGCGGGCCAACGUGCAGCAGAAGUUGGAGGCGGAGAAGAGGAGGCUGGUGGAGAAGGCCGAGGAGGACAGGAAGCGGCUAAAGGAGCAGGUGCGGAAGGCGAUAGAGGAGGUGAUGAGGAGGCACGCCGCCGAGCUUCACGGCGUCCAGGAGGCUCUGAGCUCAGAGAGGAAGAACAACCAAGAGAUGUGUGCGCGUUUGAGUGAGGAGAGGAAGAGCGCCGAGGAGCUACGCAGCGAGCUGGAGAGGGAAAGGGAGGAGCUGAGGACGAAGCUGAACGAUGCCACCAAUGAGAUCUGUAGGCUGCAGUCUUCGAUCCAACAGCAGAACCAGAAGGAGCCGGAGAACCCCGAAGCCGCGGCCUCUGGCGGGGCGCAGAGCUCCCGUCUGGAGGAAGAGCUCCGUCAGGCCCGGACUCGACUGGCCCGCAUGCAGGAGGAGGCGGAGAGGCAGCGUGAGAGGCAGCAGAGGGAAACGGCGUCCCUGAGGGCCGACAAGCACCGGCUGGAGGAGAAAGUCCUGGAGCAGAGCCGGCUGAGCACCGAGCGGAGCCUCCUAGACCAGAGCCAGCGGCAGACUGAGGACCGGAUCAGGGCGGAGUGCGAGGACCGCCUCAGAGCGGAGUUCAGGAUCGAGAUGAACGCCGCCGUCGCUGAGAGCGAGCAGAGGUGGCAGAACAAAGAGCUGGAGCUGCAGACCCACGUCUCCGAGCUGCAGGCUCAGCAGGCGGCGAAGGCGAAGGAGGGCCCGGGAGACAAUUGCCAUGGCAACCCUGAAAUUGACAGACUGAGGAAGGAGGUCCAGGACACCAAGGAGAUCAACAAGAAGCUGAAGGACCUGCUGCAGCCCCAAACCCAGUCUUUAGGAGAGGAGAGGCACAGUCACGCCAAGGCUCUGCAGGCGCUGCAGAGGCAGGCGAAGGAAGACGUGCUGUCUGAGAGGAACCGGCUGCAGACGAUGCACCACCUGGAGCUAGAUAAGCAGCGUGCAGAGUUGACCCAGCAGCACACAGAGUGGAGCCGGCAGAUGACCCAGAGACACAUGCAGCAGAUAGAAGACCUGCAGGCUCAACUGCAGGCACACACACAGAUGAUGGCCCUGCAACAGGAUCUGAAGCAGCAGAACCAGUACCAGGUGUUUGAGCGACAGCUGGAUGAGAGCCGCUGUGCCAUGCUGGAGCUGCAGAGAGAAAACGCAGCGCUAAAGAAGCAAUUAAAGGAGAGGUCGUUGCAGGAGAACCCCGAAGCCGAGGAGAAAAAAAAAGUGGAAGUCGUGGAUUUGCGCAAGAAAAGGGACGCCCAGCUGGAGGAGGAGGCCCAGCAUCUGAAGGAGGAGGUGGAGAAGCUGAGGGUGGAGAUGGAGAAACUGGAGGAGUCGCAGAAACACUGGGAGGAGAGGAGAGAGGAAGACGUGAAAGAGGAGGAGGUGGACGAGGAGAAGAAGAAGGAGCGCGAGGAGGACAAGAGGAGGGAGGAAGUGGAGGAGAUCCGGCGGAAGCACAAGAAGGAGAUGCAGAGCUUGGUGUCCGAGUACAGCAGCGCCCAGACGCACCUGCAGGCUCGCAUUGUGGCCCUGGAGAACGAACUGCGCGAGCGGGAGGAGCGGUGCAGGAGGAGGGAGCCCCGCUGUGACGACCUGCAGCUGGGGAGACUGCAGGAGAGACUGACCGAGAGAGACCAGCUCAUUAAGAGAUUAGUGAGGAAGCACGUGGAGUCUCCUCCUCGCGGCACCGGCAUCUCCAGUGCCGGCACCUACGACAGGAACAUCUUCGUACCCCCCUCAUCCUCAUCCUCCUCAUCCUCCUCUUCCUCUGUACAUCAGCGCUCCUCCUCAACUCUCCCCCACCAGUCCACCUCCCAACCGCAGACUUCCUCCCACUACUCCACCUCCUCCCUCCCACACAAGCACACCUCCCUCUCCCUCGGCCAGCAUUCGUCGCCCUCCCUCCCCCGUUCCACCAGAUCCCGGACCUCCUGCGUCCCCCCCACGCCGGCGCCCACCGCCCCGCUCCCAGUCUGCCCCUCGCCGCAGACGGGCAUCCGCUACGUAGCGCCCUCCUGCCAGGAGCCGCAUGCACACCUGCAGGCCCAAUCAAUCAGGGGUCCGUAUCUGGAUCAGAGGGGGACAGAUGGGCUGAAACAGGAGUGGUUCACCAAAUACUUCUCCUUCUGAGCACAAGAACACACACACAGACACACAAACAUACGCACAGCAGCCACAACUACAUUUACUCAUAUACAGUUCAUUGCUUCUUAUACACAUCCCUUUGCUUCCCACACACACACACACAAACCAACAGAUGUAUGGGCUCAUCACCAGCAAGGCCAUCUCAAACAUUGCCUCAAAGCUCAACCAAAAAGUGCUUCUCAAACACAUGCCUGACCUCUUCUCUGGAACAUAGGCCUGCCGGAUCUUGUUUGCAUCGUUUGAAAUGUCUCCAUAUGUUGUUUUUUAUUAAAGCAGUCUUCCUUUUUUUUAAACGCAAACCGUUGCUCCGAUCUCCACCACGUGACGUAUUCCUGGAGAACCUCCGUUUCUUGAAAAUCAGCACCCGGGGGUGUCUCUCUACGGGUUUGGAAGCAUUUGACGCAUUCAAUCAAGAUCCUCGUCAAAACGGACACUCGCCACCCACCGUACCAAAAUGAAGCUUGUCUCAAUGCAAAAAUGUAUGAUAAUCUUGAUGAACAAAUUAGAAUAAAUAUUGUUUUUGUA